CAGUAUGUGAUUAAGUCUUUCUGCUCAUAUCUUAAAGUGAUGUAUGCCAAACAGUAGAAGGGCAGAGAUGCUAAAGUCAUCUAGAUUGCUCAAAUUCAUAUUUUUCUUUACGUUUAAAUGUUGUAUUGUCCUUCUGACUCUGAGGGUGGAGUCCAGUCACUUAGACUUCAACAGAGAGAGGAAAGAAAUGACCCACACACUCAUGACAAAGCUCUUUCCUAUACAGACUCAUUCAUUCAUUUCUGGAAUGAGUUUGCUGAUUUUAUAGAGGAUUAGAGAAAAUUUGUUCACAUAUGGAUUUCUGAAACUAUAGAGCAUAUCUUAUGUUUUAUAAGUCACAUGUGUGUUUGUGUAUAUAAAUAGAUCACAUAUAAGGUCCGUUUUAAUUUAUUAUUUAUCUAAUUUUAAUUGUUUACAUUAUUGUCUUUAAUGUCAUAACUGCUGUCGGGUAUACAUAGGCACCCAAUAACAGUGUGUCCUCGAUGGUUAUGGUAUGUACUCUGAAUCUUUAAAGUCAUUUAAACUAAAGGUGGUUACUAUAUUCAAAACAACAGUGUUUAACUUAGCUAGUAAUAAAACAAUUUUGAGUUUCAAACUACUGAGCAAACACAAUCCAUGUUAGAUGCCACAUACAGCAUAAGCCCACUGUCCUUUUUUUUAUUCCUUUUUUUUUUUUUUUUUUAGAAAUGUUAGUAUCCAUGUUUCAUUGCCUUAUCUGCCCAGUCUUAUUAGGAAUUUGUGUCUAUAAUAAAAAAAUAUAUUUUGUUUUUUGUCAAAUAGUUUGGCAGAAAUGAGAGGUUUGGCAGCAAAUAACAUCAAGGUGUGAAAGCAAAUAACAAACCAGCUGCAAAUCCUUGGAUAAAGUCAUUUGUGGCAAUAAUCAUUAGCUAUAGAUUGUGUAACUGGACUUUGGAACUAUAUGAAGAGCAAUAAAUAUUUUGACAAUAAAACAAGUUCGUAAUCACAUUUUCCUAUUUAUUUCCAAGGAUGUGUCUAAACAUGUGACGUUUCGAACCCUAUAUAAUCUUGGCACAUUGUGCAUAUGUUUCAGUGCACAGUGGAAUAUCCUGACUCAACUGAGAAAGAUCAGAUCAUGGAGGUCACAUCUCAACCUGCUGCGUUUGAACCCCGAGACUUUCACUCGGGCUUGAUGAGCUGCUGUGACGACAUGGGUGUAUGCUGUUGUGGCUUCUUCUGUCUCGCUUGUUUGGGCUGCUCCAUUGCUAGUGACAUGAAUGAGUGCUGCUGCUGCGGUUUAGGCAUGCCGAUCCGAAGCGUUUACAGAACUAAAUACAACAUACCAGGAUCUAUGUGUAAUGACUGGAUGGUUGCAUACUGCUGCUUGGGUUGUGCAGCCUGCCAGAUGAAGAGAGACAUCAACAUAAGGAAGAGUAAUGGGACACUGAAACCAUGAGAAGUGAUAUAUCUACACUAGAGCAAGUCCUUGCGUAUUGCUCUCAGAAAUGAAAUAUUAAAGAAAGUUGCGGUUAA